AUGCCAUUCGAGUUCACCGGCGUGCCGCCGGCGCUGCUGGACUCCACUGGCGACGCCAACACUCCCAAAGGCUUCAAAUCCUUCUCGCAGACAUCAAGCGCCAGACUCGCCAGUGGCAAUGCGACUCCUACACCAUCUGCAAAUGGCUUCGCCCAUUUCAGACCGUCGUCAAGCUUCGGAUGCGGUUUCUCAACUCCCACAACACCGCCGCCAUCCCAGUUCUCCUUUGGCCAUGCUAGCGCCUUCGGAUCCAAAGCGCCAGCAACUGGAGCUUCGCCUUUCGCACGAAAUGCCUCUUUUCCAACUUCUUUUGGCCUUCCGGUUGCCUUUGGGUCUGCUUCGCCACUUCGUGUCAGCACUCCGGAGCUCGAGUCCGAGCCAAAAGGCUCCCGAUUUCAGACGAGUGCAGCGCUGUUCUCCAAAUUCAGCAAGUCAGCAAAUCCUACGGACGCCAAUCUUUGGGCAAACCAAGGCUCCAUUCCUACACCAGAGAGCACCUCAACGCCGGAGGAUCGAGCAAACGAGGAGCCAGAAGAGCAGGAGCAGGACAGCUUGCUCACCCGAGCUCUCAAACGCUCUGCCAAGGGGCGUCCUGCCAUCUUCGGUCGCGCGGAGCUGGCGGCGGACAAUGUGCUGCGCGAUGUCUUCGCAAUCCACCAAGCAGAGGCCCCAGCACUUCUCGCUGAACUUCGCGACUUUGGAACCUCUGCGCCACGAAUGGCGGCUCUUAUCCAUACGCUUUUCGAAAACGAAAUCAAGCUGAAGGACCCAAAGGCAAAUUUGGCUCCAGUCAAGACUAGACUGUGGAAGGGGAACUUCGAAGAAGAGGAAAAGGAGGAUUGGCGAACGCCAAAGACUGAAAAGUUCGUUGUUCCACGCGAUCACGGGACGAUUUUGAGUCUGGAGAAGAAAUUGCAGAGCCAAUUCCUGAAGAUGAAGCAGGUCAAGGGCAAAGAAGCAGCCGGAGUGCUCGCUGAGUACAUUCUGGACCGCUUCCUCCGCCGUUCGACCUUGGAGCCACUGCGAGACGAACUUUCCCAGCUUUUGGAACUGGAAGGCAAUAAGGAUGCCAAGGUUGAGCUUCGGAAUAUUCUCACCUUUAUGCAGGGUAGGGUUCGGUGGGCCGAUAAGAAUUUCACGCCUCCGCCAGCUUCGCAUGAUGAGCAGCCAAAGACCGCAGAUCAAGCAGACGAAGUACCAGAAGUCCCGGAAACCACAACAGGAUCAUCAACUGUCGUCACUCAAGACUCGUCGCAGGGUUUCCGCUUCUUGGAUCUGCCAGCGGAAUUGCGCAACUGGGUGUAUCGUGAACAUCUGGCACCGAUGGGCUACAUCUGUCUCUAUACCCGAGAUUGGCAUGGCGUGAACCACACUCACCCUGAGGACUCCACAGACAUUGCCAGCGGCGCAGACAUCUCAAUCCUCAGCACGAACCGCCAAAUUCAUUCCGAAGCCAAGUCCAUCCUCUACCGCGAAAACAAUCUCUGCUGCGUCGGCCUCAUCUCCACCAGCUUCCAGCCAAUCAUCGACAUCCAUACGCUGCCAAACUCGGCCCUGCCACUCCUCGCCUCCCUCACUCUCAUCUGCGACCACCGCCCCAGCGAGAACCAGGGCCAAAACUGGUACCAGCGAGUCAACUGGAUGCAGCUCCAAAGCAUGACCACUCUCAAGAACAUUCGCAUCUGCAUCGUCGAGCGCGAAGAACAGCGAGACGAAAACGCCUACAAGAAGUUCAUCCUGCAAAACAUCAUUGAGCGCGUUCCCCAAGACUGCGAAGUCUCCUUCGGUCCCAAGGAGUCCUAUGAGCAAGACACCAUCGAUGAAACCAUCGAGCAGUCUGACGACCGCGCAGCUGACAAUCGAGCUCGUUGGGGUCCGGCUUUCAAUGUUGAUGCGACUUUGCUCGAGAAGUUGGCUAAGGGUGUGAUGGCGAAGAAGGGUACGAAGAAUGGGCAUACUCGUGAUUAUCGUUUUGCUGAGAAGCCUGUGACGAAGACUUUGAAGCAGUUGAUUGAGGAGGGAGUUGUGGAUCCGAGUAUUGUGCUUGGUGGAAGUGGGAGUCAGUAG